GAUAAUUGGACCUAAUUCGGUUGAUAAAUUCAUGAGAGGCAGAUGCACGGAGUUGUAUAUCUCAGCUGGGUCUGAGAAUCAUCGAAUAUGCAGGCAUUUGUUCCGAAGAAUCGGAGGCCCCGGUUUGAAUUUAUAUUGAGGAUCAUCGACCUCAACAAUGUUCCGCUGGUGAGUGGGACGGCGUUUGUAAAAUGGCGCCUUCCUUCGUCAAAUGCGGCCGAACACCACGGGCAUACGGAUAAAGCAGUCAUCCUGGACCACCGAGCGUCGUGGCAUUACGAGAGAGCACUACAGGUCCGGCUCACCAUCGACCGCAACCAGAGCCUUCAUGAGUGCGAGGUACACUUCGACGUCAUCCAGGAAUUUGCGACGGGUGGUCAUAAUGAUAAGGAUUUGCUCGGGAGGAUCAGACUCAACUUGGCCGAGUAUGUCGACAAGAGUGAUGACGACGAAGGCAUCGUACGACGUUACUUGAUGCAAGAUAGCAAGAUCAACAGUACACUUCGCAUUGGGAUCGUCAUGCGGCAGGUAGAGGGAGACAGGAACUUCACUACCUAUGGUUUUCGGGGCAUUACAGGUGUUGUUUCCUCGGAACAAGGGGACCCUGAUGACCUAGGCCGACAACCAUCCAUCUACACCCAAACCCGGGAGGCUGCAGAUCUACAAGACAUGUACCGUCGGACUUUGGCAGCGUCCUGGAACUCCCGGUCAGACGACCUGCCUGCCGACAAGUUGAUCGAAGAGUUAUUCUCCGGAGGCGUCUCCUGGAGCAGUGACACUCGUGAUCCCCCAGUUGGAAAACAGACGAACGACGAUCAGCGCCUAAGCGGCGAGACAAGAGCCAAGCGGACUAGCUCUGGGAACCGACUGUCACCCAGCUUCGAAAGACGGCCCCGAAGCGCGUCAAGCAUGCAUGCACUUCGAAACGAUGCGAAAAGCUUACAAGAAAUCUCCUUGGGUAUGGACCGCUCCAGCAAGGGUGAAAGCAUCGAACAGAAGCUCUAUGAUAGUGGCAAAGGAAAGGCCUGGAAGAGCCGAAGAAAUGAACACGAAGUGUCCGAGUUUGACGUCCGUGAAGACCUGAGGAGUUGGGCAAACACCGCCAGCGAUUCUUCCGACCGACCGCCACGGCCUCGCUCGCGCAAUGAUCGCAGACCGCAGUCGGAAAAUAAGAGUCGACAAAGGGAUCAGAGCAAAAGAGUGCCCAUUGAGGUGACUUCGCUAGGAAGACCUGGUGAGGUGGUGGUCCUCCCGGAACGAACACGGCGUCGCCGCCAGCCUGCCCCAGUCGAACAAGAACCCAAGGAUGGGACCGAGGACACCGACCUCCCAUUUUUCUUGGAAGAGAUAGACAACGAUGAUGGGCUUGACGCGAUCGAGCGCAUUGAGUCUUUCCGUUCGGCACACCAACCCGGGAAUAAAUUGUCUGGCGCCGAGUGGGAGGAUCUCAGAAAGGACAUCCAGGGCUCAUUCACAUCGCAGCAGUUAUCCGAUUAUCUUGAGGAGUUAUCUCGCGGUGUCUCAGAAUUCAGCGGUGGACAGCAGUCAAGCGAGGGGACAGACGCCGGCGCAUGGAGGCCUGGGAUCUCAGCGUUUGUGGAAAUGGGACCGGUCUCGCAGGAGGGUGUCGCGGAUAGGAUUGCGACGUCACAAGGCAUGAAGGGUAAAGAACUUCUUGUGGAAAAGAUUCUCCGUGACUACUGGGGUCUUGGUGUGGCCGGUGAGCCUGGACAGCUGGACGUCCGUCUCCCUGCCCACUCUUUAUCGCUACUUUUGAAUGCGAAAACCUUCUCCUUUGGAGAGGUGGCGAGUCUCCAUGAAGCGAAGAUCGAUAUCACACAUUCGCUUGGUCUUGUGAGGAUCACCGGGGAUCAAGAAUCCUGCGAAUCGAUCCGUGAAAUCAUAUGCGACACCAUGGCCAGGAUCCGGCACGAGGGUAUCGAUUUAUACCAGGAUAAGGUUGGAGUCAAAGGCAAUGGCCGCAUCUUCAGCGCAGAUUUCUUAUCGUGGGUCGGUAAGACUUAUGGGGUCGCCUUUGAACUGGGGUCGUCGAACGUACCGGUCAAAUUGUAUUACCUGGCCGAGAAUCAGAGUGGGCCCGAUGAUGCUCGAAGGACCCUGAAUCUCGCAAUUUAUGAUGCUGCAUCUUCGUCGAUACCAUUUGGCACCUACUUGUCCGCAUCCGAGCCUGCGGAUGUCCAACCCGUCGACCCGGAGAACAACACAUCCUGGCCCAAUCGUCAGAAAGAGUGGUUUCGCUGGGGCGUGCCCUCUACUGAGCCUUCGGAGAGGAGGGUAUUUGACACUCCUCUAUUUGAUAACCACGAGACGCGCCUCUCUGUUGAACUUUUGAAAUUGCUUCGGCGAGGAACUCCCGGCGCUCCCCAGGACGGGUCUACCGCAGUCCGAGAGGCUGUAACAGCGGCCGUUGGGAAGUGUCUCUUCCAACACAAAUCGCCGUUCGAUAACCAACUGGCUACCCCCUCUCAACUUGGCAAAAUGGCCCUUCCCCGCAUCUUUUCCACAGACAUUCCUCGCGUGCCGUCUUUUCUCGGAUCGUUGAGGCCCCUCGAGUCCUCGCGGAUCCACCGCUUCCGGCUGGUCCCGUCGGCUAUACACCAAGGCGUCUUUCCGCAGCUAGAGUUAGAAGCCACGAUGAAAGCGCCGCUCGACGAAUCCCAUACAGGGCUAGAAAUUGCCGUGUCCUCCGCGCAGGCUGUGAUGUCCCAGAACAGCGUGGACUACCUGCUGCCAGAGAGUGGACUGGAUCUACGGUUCACGCGGAAGUUGACGCGCGACAUAUCGGAAGAGUGCGGCGAAGGUCGCUCGCUCGCCGGGCUCGAGGGUACUCUACAAGGUCUCCUCGCCAAGAGCCAGGGUUUCGAUGAUGUGCUUCUUCCAAUAUUCUACCAGAUCACUCUCCCCAACCGAUUCUUGAACCGGACGGAGCCAGGUCAGGAUGCGAACGGACACACCACUGGGGAGUACAUGUUCAUGCCCGUCGACGACAUCCGAGCCACCCGCAUCCAGCAGUAUGAUUUCCAGAACCAACAACUGAGCUACUCUUAUUACGAGAGUGGUCCGUUCUUGGCACACCACACUACCGAUUUGUCGCUGGACAUGGAUCUAACGGGCGGGUCCGAAUCGGAAUCUCCCAGUCCAUCGGAGUCGUCUGAGACUGGUGACGCGGCGCCACAGACUGUGGAGGAUAAGUUCGACUCAUUCUACAGCGCCUCGUGCUCGCUGGCGUUCAAAGUGGACCGCGCCUGGCGAUUACUGUAGCCUGACAGG